AUGGAGUGUAACAAGGACGAAGCUAGAAGAGCGAUUGAUAUCGCCGAGAAGAAGAUCUCUGCGAAUGAUUACGAUGGGGCUAAGAAGUUCGUAAACAAGGCGGAGCGUCUGUAUCCGCAACUUGAAGGUUUGAAACAAGUGUUGAUGACGAUCGAUGUUUAUAUCUCUGCGUCAAACAAAACCAACGGAGAAUCUGAUUGGUAUGGAGUUCUCGGUGUAGAUCCUUUGGCUGACGAUGAAGCUGUGAAGAAACGUUACAAGAAGUUAGCUCUUUUGCUUCAUCCGGACAAGAACAGGUUUCACGGUGCUGAAGGCGCGUUUAAACUGGUUUUACAAGCUUGUGAUUUGUUAUCUGAUAAGGUUAAGAGAAGCGCGUAUGACCAAAAAAGGAAAUCGAAACAAGUUAACCAGAAAACACCGAAGCCAAGCGAGCCUGAGCGUCAUCAGCCUGAGUCUUCGCAGAAACAGAAAACACCGAAGCCACGCGAGCCUGUUUCUUCGCAGAAACAGAAGGAUGCACAAGAAAAAUUAAAUAGAUAUUUUGAGGAACAGAAGAAAAAACGUGAAGCAGAGAGACUUUCCAAGAAUCAGGAGAAAAGAGACUCCACUACUUUUGAAGCAGAGAGGCCUUACAAGAAGCCGAUGACAAGUGGAGAUGCAAACUCUACUUUUGAAGCAGAGAGGCUUUUCAAAGGAGGAAACGCAAACUCUACUUUUGAAGCAGAGAGGCUAUUCAAAAGAGGAAACGCAAACUCUACUUUUGAAGCAGAGAGGCUAUUCAAGAAGCCGAUGAAAACAGGGAAUGCAUACUCUACUUUUGAAGCAGAGUGGCUUUUCAAGGAGCUGAUGGCAACAAGAGACCCCAACUCUACUUAUGAAGCUCAGAGGCUUUUCAGAAGCCGAUGA